GAAAAUUUGGAGGAACAUGGUACUCGCCGAAAAAUAGAACAGGAUAGAAAUGGCAGCUUCGCGAACAAGAGACUUCUGAGGAAGACAAUGCUUGCCUUAAUAAAGGACAUGAGAAAUAUCGUCAGAUUAAUGAACAAAGAAACUUUAGUGGAACGUAACAUUCGCUGA